GAAGUAGCAACCCGGAAAGCUCACCUGCCACGCUGAGCCCUGCGCUUCCAGCUUUGCAAUUAGAUCUGGGUUUGCUGCUCACACACGUCUGUCUCUGUCGAUGCAGCGAAAGCAGCACCGUCGGGCUCAUUUGGUCGUGCCGAGAUAAGCUUUAGACAAACUGAGGCAAACUGGACACUUUCCCCCCCCUCUUGACCAAUUUCCCAGGGGGUGAAACUGCUGCGCGCAACAGUACACAGGAUUCCUGCUGAAAAGUGAAAGGGGAAGUGUUUCCGCAACCCCCCUCCCUCCCUUCCUAAAGAAACAUGACUUUUCUGAUGAUGACAAGGGACAAUGAUCCCAAAUACUUCCUGCAGGUGGACAACGGACCGGGAAAUAUUUUCGUGACUCAGCUAGGAGAACACAGGCAAGAAGAGGGUGAAGAUGUGCCUCAGAUUCCUGUCAUGCGAGAGAGCACCAGUGACAUUUUGCAGCAUCGCAGAAAAGCACUGCAAACAUUCCGGCUUCGGAAGAAAGAAAUUGAGAAUGAGCAGGCCUCUGCAGAACUGACUGCAAAGAAGCAAGAGUUCAAAGAGAGGAUGGAAGCGUUGGUCCAACGAAGAGAAGCGCUUGAACAAAAAGAUCAGGAUAGGAAGAACCGCAUUCUUGAAUUUGACGAAUAUAUUAAAGAGUGUCAUCAGAAGAAGGAGCGUGUCAUUCAGCUGUACCACCAGGAACACGCGCUGAAAGCCCUCAAGAAGCGUGAGGUAUUCAAACUGAAAAAAGAGCUUAAGAAACUCCAAGUUAGAAAAAAGGAACUACAGAAGAAGAUGGCAAAAUACAAAAGCUUCGAAGAUUUCCUGAAGAAAGUUACAGCCACAUUCACACCAGGCUUUCUUGGAUAUCCGGAAGACUCCAUGGUUGAAGCCCUCGUCAAAAGGCACAAGACACUGUUUGAGGAAAACCAGAGCUUGAUGAAGAAUUUGUCCAUCCAGCAGUGUCACAUUGAGGAAACGCAAAAAGAAUUGGGGAUCUUGCGAGAGGAAUACAAUACCACAACAUUUGUGCUGCUCGGCAAAAUUUCUGAACUUCAGUCAAAGAAAAGUGCACUACAAGAAAAAAAGAAACACUUGUGUCACCACAUUAACAAUGAGGAAUGUCUCAUCGAUCAAAAGAGGCAAGAUCUAAGCAGGAUGAUGUUAGCAAUCAACAACAUGGCAGAGUUAUGCUACAUGCCUCAUUAUGGCCCUUUGGAUGACAUGACAUUGCGGUCCAAGCUAGACAUGAUCCAGGAGUCCAUUUUGAGGAAAAAACAGAUCGUAGAGGAAACAAAAGCCCUGCAGUCUGAAGAACUUACAAGGUCAUCCUCUAAUCUUUUCAGGGAAAAGUCAUCUUCUACUCUUUCUAGGGAACUUAAAAAGCAAAUAAGCUUUGUCAGUAAGGACAAGCUGGAAGACAAAGGAGGAAAAGCAUAAGGAGACAAAUCUCUUUUAAAAUCCCAUAUACAGAAUGGGGGACACGGCUGGGACUAGUGGAAUAUUUAUAGUAGGUUCUGCACACAAAUCAACACAGAUGGAUGUCAAUGCAUUACCAUAAAUGCUUUGAUUUGUGGGUGAAAGGGUCUUUCAUUCUCAUUUUUUUGCAAGUUUGGGUUGAGUGAUCUUAAUUCUUUCUGCCUGCUAAUUCUAUGUAGUUUGGUGUUUACGGACUUGCUGGAGGAGCGGAAGCCAAUCUCUGAAAGAACCAAUGCACAAUUUGGAGGUGCUCCUACAGCCAUCCAUUCUCCUAAACAGGCAGCAAUGGCUUUGAUUAGCUGGCAAAUUGACCAUGGCUAGUUCUAGGGAAGACUAAUCUUGCCCAUAGUGUUUUUUACUCUUGAUCAGGGCUACAUAGCAGCUCCACACACCCAUGCCAGUUAAGCACACUUUUUUAUUUUUUAAGUAGAUAAUGUAACCAGUACUUAGCCCUUAAUCCCAGCACAUAUCUUAAAGGAACAGAAACAGGAGUACAAUCUGCAAGCUUCUGUGUUCAGAGCAUUCAAACAGUGAUCCACAUGUUUGUUGGAUAAAUAUGUACUUUAGAUUCUGCAUUGAUACACUUUGGAUGAGGGGUCAGCAACCUAAGGCCCAUGGGCCAGAAGCGGCCUGCAGAGGAUGUUUGACCGGCCCAUGAGCCACCCCCGAAAUGAGCUGCCCACUUGCGUGCUGUGCUAAAGCAACGCAGCACCAGAAAUCGCAUCUGCACAGACACAGACAAUUGCAGGUGCUCACACUUAUGCACAGUCUGGCCCAUGGAGGGAUCUCCAUGGGACCGAUCUGGCCCAGGCAAGAUAAACCUUGCUGGCCCCUGCUUUGGAUGAAAUGCAGUUAAAGGCACAGCCUGCUAAAUGAUGCAAUGGUUGCAUGGGUAGGCAAACCAUGGCCUGGGAGCUGGAGCCGGCCCAGUCGCCUUCUAAAUCUGGC